CAUUCUCGUUAUUGUCGCUGGCUACACGCUACUCAACCUUGUGUGUAACUGAGGUUUGAUGUUAACUUAUCAUUUAUACGAAGUAGGCUCGAGUCUGGAAGCUAUGGAAUUGUCAAUCGUUUGUUCUUUUUAGUAUAUUGAUCUUAGUUUAGCCAUGUUCAGAUUAGCUAUGAACCACUGAUGAGGUCCAUACCAGUUUAGCCUAAACGGCUUGGGAAAUAACAUUUUAUACUUAGCUUAAAAAAAAGAGCUUUUUUGCCCAUCAUGGAGACGUCCCUGGUAGAAAAGGAAUCUCAUGAUCCGCCAACAACUACGUCUGAGCCUUUGUCGGCUUUCAUGUUAGCUAAGAUAGAGCGCAACAGACAACGGGCGCUGAUGUUGAGACAAGCACGUCUGGCCAGCCGACCAUCGGGAGAAGGUGGUACAUGUGCGAAGGUCGCGAAAACAGUCGAUUCGGGGGCAGGCUUUUUCAUUGAAGAAGAUGAUGAAGAAGACGGACACAUUGCUAAGAAAGUGACCCAGCAGCCAGCUCCUGUGAUGGAGUCUGACUAUUUGAUGUGUGAGGAGUGUUCCAAGCCCUUCAUGGAUUCUUAUCUGAGCAAUAGCUUUGAUCUGGCAGUAUGUGACAAGUGCAGGGACAAUGACGUGAAGCACAAGCUCAUCUCUCGAACGGAGGCGAAGCAGAACUAUCUGCUUAAGGACUGUGACCUGGAUAUGAGGGAACCACCACUACGCUUCAUUCUCAGGAAGAACCCCCACAACACUACAUGGGGGGACAUGAAGCUCUACCUCAAGCUGCAGGUGGAGGGGCGCAGUACGGAGGUCUGGGGGAGUGAGGAGGCGCUGGAGGAGGCUAAGGAGACACGUGAAGAGAACCGUGAGGUCCAGAAACAAAAACGCUUCAACAAGAAGGUCAAAGAGCUGAGGAAGGCUGUGAGGAGCAGCAUGUUCCGGAAGGACACCAGCGUGCACCAGCAUGAGUACGGCCCUGAAGAGCUGGUGGAUGAGGAGGAAGACCUCUACAGGAAGACCUGCACCACCUGUGGCCAUCAGCUCACCUUCGAGAAGAUGUAGCACCUCCACCUGCCAUCACCAGAUUACAUACCAAGAGAUGACCAGAGAUAACCCCUCUACCUGGGACCAGCACUUCAUCUACAAGAGGAUCUAAUUUACUCCUACCUGCUGCCAGGACCUCAGCUGUGUGAGGAUAACACUGGUCUCAGGGAGCAUAAUCUAAUGUCCAGGUGUUGCCUUCAGAACCAAGUAUGGUGUGUGGGGAAGAAAUAACCAUAAAAAUUCGUUGGUCAUUUUCACAUUCUGACAUUCGAGGAUUGCUGUGGCAGAAUCCUGUGCUUUUUCUUUAUUACAGACUAGAAACUUGACCUGUCCAUGUAUCAGCACUUCUUUUCUGAGGUCCUUGGCUGUCGCCUUUGUUUGCCUUAGGUGGAAUUUCUGUAAUGCGACCACAUUUGGCAAAAGACUAAAAACUGUCAUGUCCACAAGGGGAGCUGGAUCUAUUAAAGGACAAUUAACGGUUAAGACACCAUAUUAAGUGGGAAAUACCAGAAUAUUCCAAAAUGAAUGUUGAUACUCCGGACACAUCCACAUUUUCUACUCUCUACUCUUAAUUUCAUAUCCAGCAACCCAGACCACAGUUUGGUUGUCAUUGACUGCAUUAGUUAUGUCUCUUGUAGUCUUAUCUCAUCAUGCUGUACAGUAUUGUGUUAAUCUGCAGAACACCAUUCUCAAGCUCCUUAGCCAUGAGAACUUUGAUUCUCAGUUCUACCUCUGAUGAUGUGCCACUAGGUGGUGACGGAGAGCAAUUACAGCCCUACGAACACUCUUUUGACUUUCUAUGACUAGUUUGUCAUGAGUUGUUGUAUUACAGACUAAUGCCUGCAUAAGAACAACAGAUGAACCUCCCAUUGACUGUGUUUCAUUAUUUUUUUUGAAGUAAAAUAAAUAAAGGACAGAUGAAAAUGCUGUUGAUUUCGAUGGUG